AUGGGAAGACUAAUAGGAUUGGAGUUAUAUAAUUUCAAAUCAUACAGAGGUAAAGCUGUUAUUGGAUUUGGUGAUUCAUUCUUUACAUCAAUCAUUGGUCCUAAUGGUGCUGGUAAAUCAAAUAUGAUGGACGCGAUUUCUUUCGUUCUUGGUGUCCAAUCAUCCCAUUUACGAUCUCAGAACUUGAGAGAUUUAAUAUAUCGUGGUAGAAGAGAAAAUAUGCCUGAUAAUACUGUUGAUAGCAUUGAUCAAGACCCUACUAAUGCUUAUGUCAUGGCCACAUAUGCAAAAUCAAAUGGAGAGAUAUUAAAACUUAAAAGAAGUAUCACUGCUAGUGGACAUAGUGAUUAUCAAAUUAAUGGAAGAUCUGUAACUGUAUUGAAUUAUACAAUGGUAUUAAAACAAGAAAAUAUUUUGAUUAAAGCAAGAAACUUUUUGGUUUUCCAAGGAGACGUUGAACAAAUUGCUUCUCAAUCUCCCAAAGAGUUAACGAAAUUAAUCGAACAUGUUAGUGGAUCUAAUGAAUAUGUUAAAGAAUUCGAACAAUUAAAAGAACAAUCAGAAAAAGCCCGUGAAGUUUCUAAUUCGGUGUUUUCAAGAAAAAGAACUCUUAAUUCUGAAUCUAAACAAUAUAAAGAACAAGUUGCCGAACAAAGAGAAUUUGAAGAAAAGAUUGUUUUGAAAAAUGAAGUUAUUAAGAAGAUUCAUUUAUACAAGUUAUUCCAUAAUGAGAAGAAACAUUACCAAUUAAAGGAAGAUAUUAGAGCUAAGAAUACCGACUUGAAGGAAUUAAAGAAAGAUUUAGCAACCAAAGAAAAGACUUACUCAACUCUCAUGUCAGAAUAUUCAAAAUCUAUCAUUGAUACCAAGCAACACAAGCAAGCAAUUGAGACCAAUGCAGUAAAGAUAGAAUCCACUAAACGUGAAUUGAUUCCAAUCGGAGCAAAUAAACAGUCAUUAUCUACAAAAAUAAACUCUCAAAAGAAUAAGAUUCAAGAUUUAGAAAAUGAUUUAAAAAGACAAAAGAUUCAAUUGCAAUCCGUUGAAAAGCAAUUACGUGAUGCUCAAAAACUCUUUAAAGAAUUUCAAGAGAAAACUACUUCUUAUGGUUCAUCUCAUGUUUCAGUCCAAGGUCAAAAAGAAUAUGAAGCCUUGAGAGCCCAGUUCCUUGCUGAUAAUGGAUCUAAGUUAGAAGAAGAAUUGUCCUUAUUACUUAGUGACAAAGAAAAUAUUAAUACUAUAAUAGCCAAUAUCAAGAAUCAGAAAUCCAAUGCUGAUAAUAGAAGGAAUGAACUAGAAUCAAUUAUUAAUACUGAAUUGAAAUCCAAGCUUUCUGACAUUGCAAAUGAGAUUAGUGAAAUUCUUGACAAAAAGAAUUCCAAGGAAAAAUCUAGGAAUUCAUUGAUUCGUAAGAAAGAAGAAUUCAACUUCCAAGAAUUACAAUUGAAUACUCAAUUAAGAGAAGUAUUAUUAAAAUUGGAAGACUUAUCGUCACAACAAAGAGAAUCUAACAAACAGAAAAAGUUGAGAGAAAAUGUAUCUACUCUUAAACGAUUAUUACCUCAAGGAGCUAUCAAAGGUUUAGUUUGUGAAUUAGUUCGUCCAUCCCAACAGAAAUAUGAAUCAGCCUUACUGACAUUACUUGGUAGAAAUUUUGAUAGUAUUAUUGUUUCCACCUCUGCUGUGGCUUAUAAAUGUAUUGAAAUUUUAAAGGAUAGACGUGCGGGUGUUGCUACUUUUAUUCCAUUGGAUACGGUCCAAUCUGACCCAAUUAAUACCAAUCACCUUAGAUCCAUAGAUUCAAAUGCAUCACCAGGGGUAGAUGUUGUUGAAUAUUCAGAUAAGUCUUUGGAACAAGCCAUUAAUUAUAUCAUCGGAAACGCUUUGGUUGUUGAUAAUAUAGAUACUGCAAGACGUAUUAAAUGGUCGAACAAUUCUGGAACCUCAUUUGGCAAUAAGAUUGUUACUUUGGAUGGAUCGGUAAUUCAUACUUCCGGGUUAAUGACUGGUGGUCAACAAGCUCAAAGAACUGCUGCUGUAUUGACAUGGGAUAAACAAGAAUGGAAUAGAUUGAAUGAAUUGAAAGAAGAUCUUGUGAAUAGAGUUUCGAAAUUACAAGAGGAUAAACCAAAAGAAUUGGAGAUUAAUUUAUUAGCAGAAGAAAUACAUUCGUUGGAGGAUAGAUUGCCAGUAUUGAGAAAUCAAAAAUCAAGCGUUGAAAGGGUUAAUGAAGACAGAAAAUCAGAAAUUGCUUAUCAAGAAGAAUUAAUUAAAGGGCUUGACUCUACUAUCAAUGAUAAAUCAAACAGUAUCCUGCUCGUAGAAUCUAAAAUAUCCAAAAUUGCCGACCAAAUGAAGAUUUUACAAGACAAAAUUUAUGGCGCAUUUUGCGAUAAGUAUGGUUUUACUAAUGGUAUUGAAGAUUAUGAGAAUACUCAUGGUAGCACAUUGAGAAUAAGAGCUAAGGAAAGAGUACAGUAUACUAAAGCCAUAUCCGCUUUACAAAACAAACUUGAAUUUGAACAAGAAAGAUGCAAGGAAACUAAAGAAAGGAAAAGAUCUCUCGAGAACCAAAUAGUUGAUUUAGAAAAUGAAUUGGAAGUAGUACUUGCUGAAAAGAGGAAAUUGGAAGAAAUAUUGGAUACAGCUGAAGCCGAACAUGAAGUAUUGAAAUCUGAAUUGAACCAAAAAGAUAAAUCAUCUCAAUCAAAAUUGAAAACGGCCAAAUCUGUCGAGUCAGAUGUUCGUGAAGCCCAAUCGGAAGUUUCCAUUGUGAGUAAGGAAAUCAUUCAAAUUGAAGAAAUGUUAUUAAAAGCUGAUUCUGAAAGAGCUGAUGUAUUGAGAAAUUGUAAGAUUCAAAAUAUUAAUUUACCUUUACAAGAUGGUAUUUUGGAAUCGAUUUCUGUUGGUGAAACUUCUGAAGAUAUUCUUCAAGAAAUCUAUAAAAUUGAGAUUGAUUAUUCUCUACUUGAUGAAAGAUUAAGAGAAAACUUUACUAUUCAAAUCCAAGGUGAACUUGAGGUAUCGUUGCAAAGCACCAUUGAACAACUCGAACAAUUGAAUCCAAACGGUAGAGCUGACGAAAGAUUGCAGCAGGUUGAAGCCAGGCUUAAAGAACAUGAUAAAGAAUAUACUUUGGCAAGACAGCAGGAACGUCAAAUAUCUGAAAAGUUCAAAGAAGUCAAAGAGCAAAGAUAUAAAACGUUCAUGGAUGCCUUCACACAUGUUUCUUCCCGUAUUGACGAAAUUUACAAAGAACUUACCAAAUCUUCCGCUUCUCCCUUAGGUGGUUCCGCAUACUUGACUUUAGAAGAUGAAGAAAUGCCAUAUACUUCCGGUAUAAAGUAUCAUGCCAUGCCACCAAUGAAACGUUUCCAAGAUAUGGAUCUUUUAUCGGGGGGUGAAAAGACAAUGGCUGCCUUGGCGUUAUUAUUCGCUAUUCAUUCUUAUCAACCUUCACCAUUCUUUGUUCUUGACGAAGUUGAUGCUGCUUUGGAUAAUGCAAAUGUCACCAAGAUUGCUAAUUAUAUUCGAAAGUAUGCCGGACCAAGUUUCCAAUUUAUUGUUAUUUCAUUAAAGACUUCGCUUUUUGAAAAAUCCGAUGCUUUGGUAGGUAUAUAUAGGGAACAAAGAGAAAAUAGUUCAAAGACUGUUACUUUGGAUUUGAGAGAUUAUCCCGAAGACGAAGCUCCAAUUGCUGCUGGUGCUUCGUGA